AUGAGGGGUGGCGCUCUGAGGAGUAUCCGUUGGACGCAAAAGUUUCCAAAACACCCACACAGCAUGGCUCAGCGAAGGCUGAAGCAUAUACUCAAUGACCUCGUCGCUCACCCUUCAGUUAUUGGUACUUUGAAGCUUGCGGAUAUUUCAUAUGACAUCCACCAGUCCCCUACGCCCACAAGGCUUCCGCAUUGCGAAGAUGCUCUUUUGGACUUGCAAGACCACUUUAACCUGGACAACUUGCAUUUCAUGCUCCAGAAGUACCUUCUUGGGCAAGACAUUUUCCUUUUGUCUCAGCCUGGUCCGUAUGCGCGACAUCUGGCUAUGACGUUCUGCAGUUUGAUCAACUCUGAAUAUGAGUACAUCGCGCUGCAUCGAGACAUUGGAGAGACUGAACUGAAACAGGGUAGGGAGAUCAGAGCAGGAGGUAACCUACUCUACGUAGAUAGUCCGGCAGUUUCUGCGGCGAAACAUGGUCGUGUUCUCAUCAUAGAAGGCAUAGAGAAAGCCGAGCGAGGCAUCAUGCCCGUUCUGAACAAUUUGCUGGAAAAUCGGGAGAUCAAUCUAGAUGAUGGGACACAUGUUAUCCAUCCUCACAGGUACUCUCUUCUUGAUUCCUCCUCCACUGGUACUUCUGCAGGAAAGAUCUUCAUUCCUGCGCACAAGAAUUUCAGAGUAAUUGCUAUUGCGGCUCCCGUCCCUCCAUAUCCUGGCUAUCCUUUAGACCCGCCGUUCCGCAGCCGUUUCCAAGCUCGUUUCGUCGACCCUGUCGGGUCACUUCUCACGCUCAGCAACAGCUCAGCUUCAGACAACUCCCCUCUCUUCCGGACACUGCGAGACAUAAUCUUAUCUACGCAAUAUGCCAGCGAGUCCCGCCAUGCUCUCGACGCAGUUGCCAAAUCUACCCUUCCCGCCUUCCCGCAGACAGCCUUGCGCAAGCUUCGUGCUCUCUUGUCCGCUUUCCCUCCUCCAGAGCAGCUAUCCUCAGCUCAACUUGCGCGACUCAUGCUUACUAUCCACCCCGCCUUGAUCCACGCACCAUUCAUCGCGUGGGCUAUGCUUUCCAGCAAAUCGGAAGAAUCUGGAUUGGGUCAGCUUGGAAGUCCAUCGCUGACAGGGAAUGGCGAUCAUCUCGGUCUCCUGGGCUAUUAUCUGUCCAAGAUCGAACGAGUCAACGAACGUACUGCUCGGAUCACGUUUGAGGGCACGGAAGGUGCAUCUACGGUGUCGCUUGAUGUCUCUGCAGGUCCGAAGAAGCUACUCUCCUUUCCAUUCGAAGAUCCCGACAAACUUGGCUUCUACGCGACGGACAGAUUCAUGGGGCUCCUCGCCUCGAUGCUCCAGGCGCAUGCCCUCGGCUGGGAUAUCUCUUAUGUUCCACCUGCGCUGCCGUCCACCGCAUCCUGCUCUACCUCUUUACUGGUCAAGACGUUCGGUGCAGUGCUGGGCUAUGAACUGGAAGGAAUCCACCUCUACAAGGAGCUGGGUGGCAGAGAGCUGCUGAUGCGCCGUAAGAUUGGAGAUGGGGGCGCGACAAACUGGGAGCCAAGCCCUCUUAUCCAAGGAGCAUGGACGGGACGACUGGUUCAUCUCUCCGGCAUCGACGUGAUUGGAUCGACCGCAGGGUCUCUGGCACGAUUGAUCCAAGACAGGGAGACAGAGCUUUGGGAGAACAAACGGAUUGUCUCCCAAGCUUCCGACGAGGAACAAGCAACUGGGGAACUCUCAGUCGCUCACCCUGCCUUCCGCAUCAUCAGCACGGCCUCGAAGUCCCUUCCUCUGAGAGAUUGGCUGUCAGACGAGCAUGCGAACAUGUUCUUCCCCGUAGCCGCACAGCCCAUGGGCAGGGACGAAGAGGCUUCCAUCCUCCUGCACACCGGCUGCUCGCCCUCUGUCGUCACCACGCUGCUCACAUUUGCAGAGAAAUACAGAUCAAGCAUGACCUCCGAUUCCGUACAGAAGAAUCGUAAGCUCGGUACCAGGUCGUUGGUCAGGAUUGCGCGGCACGUCGCCAAGUUCCCCGGGCAUAACGACUUGCACUCAUUAUUCAGCCGUUCGGUUCUUGCAGAGUUCUUGCCCACAACCGAGGCUAUGAAUCUGCAAGAACUGUUUGAGGAAAGUGGUAUCAAGAAGCGGACACCUGCAUUUAACCCAUCGCCAGAGAUCCAGGACGGCGGUCUUCUCUUUCCAGCGCCGAGUGACCCUAACAAUGCUAGUGCGGAGCCCAUAUUCAUACCAUUCUUCGAUGAGUCGCAGGAUGCUGAAGGUGUCGCAUCGCAUGUGCCGCACAUGGAUCACUUCUACGACAACAGCUUGCAGACGGGUUUGAUGCGCGAUCUCGCUAUUGACCUUGAAGCGCUGGGCGAACAUCUAGUUUUACUUGGAAAUCAGGGAGUGGGAAAGAACAAGAUUGUUGAUAGACUCUGUCAGCUCCUCGGACGUCCUAGAGAGUACAUCCAACUGCACCGCGAUACGACAGUGAACCAGCUGAUGUUCCAGACAGUAUUAGAAGGCGGAGUGAUUAAGUACACCGACUCUCCUCUACUGAGAGCCAUCAAAUUGGGACGCGUCAUCGUCAUAGAUGAAGCAGACAAGGCUGCGGAGCACGUAGUGGCGAUCUUCCGAAGUCUCGCUGGGUAUGGCCAGCUCACACUCCCCGACGGUCGGCGCGUAUGCCGGGAGAGAAAGCGAGAAGGGGACAUUGUGGUACAUCCAAAGUUCCGUCUGAUCUUGUUGGCCAAUAGACCCGGAUACCCAUUCCUGGGCAACCAUUUCCUUCAGGUUCUUGGCGACAACUUCAGCUGCCAUGCUGUGACCAACCCCGACAUGAGCAGCGAGAGAAAGCUUCUUUCGCAACUCGCACCUGAGCUCAGCGAAGACAUGAUUCUUCGUUUAGUGGCUGUAUUCCAUGAUUUGCGAGCUGCGUUCGAUAGCGGAGCGUUGACUUAUCCAUACUCCCUCAGAGAAUUGAUCAACAUUGUUCGGCACAUGCAGUCAUAUCCCAAGGAUUCGCUAGAGACAACUCUUCGAAACGUCUUCGAUUUCGAUGUUUAUAAGCCAGACACCAUUGAGAAAUUGGCUGCCAUUUUGGACCAUCACGGUUUGGCCGUGAAGCGCUUAGGAAUCGACGCUGCCAGAGAGGUUUCGAGGAAGAAAAUCGUCGAUGUCCAGUUUGAACCAAAAGGCAGAACCGAUCUCUCGAACCCCAAGUUUGGCAAAGAAGAUCCUAAUAAUGAGCCACACGUCGGUGGAAAUACCUGGGCUGGUGGAACUGGUGGUCGAGACACUGCCGGUCUUGGCGGCCGCGGAGGUUACAUGCGUCUCUUCAAGGGCCACGACAUCAAACAAAUCUCGGAUGAGUUGAAGAAUGACGUCCCUGAUCACAUUAAAGAGCAGGCUCGAGAGAUGGCUCGCCAGGAACUAGCUCGCAGACUCGAGGAACUCAACAUGAGCGCGGGUGAGGCGAGGGGAUACGGCGCACUGCUAACCGCAGUGGGUUCACAUAUUGCGCAACUGCAUGAUUUACUGGAGAACCUUGCGGCCAAGGAAGAAGAGCGUGUGUGGGUCAAGCGUCAGACCGAUGGCGAGCUUGAUGACAGUCGCUUGACUGAAGGCUUAACGGGAGAAGCGACAGUGUACAAACGGCGUGGAAUGGCGAAGCCUGAGAUGGGGCGUCCACAGAUAAAGCCUAAACGCAUCAGAUUCCUCUUCGACAUAAGCGCUUCUAUGUACCGUUUUCAGUAUGACGGGCGCCUGAAGAGGAGUAUGGAGACCGCGGUGAUGUUGAUGGAAACCUUCGACCGCCUUACAAGGAAGGACAAGUAUGUUUGGGAUAUAUACGGUCACUCUGGGGACUCCGCGGAAAUUCCGUUGGUGGAGUUUGACAAGCCACCGGCCGAACUUCGGGAUCGAUGGAAGGUGGUCGAGAAAAUGGAGAUGGUCACGCAGUACACCUUUGCGGGUGAUUACACGACGGAGGCCAUUGACAAGGCCGUCACGGAAGUUGCCAAGUUCGACGCUGAUGACUGGUUCGUUAUUGCGGUCACCGACGCCAAUUUUGCGCGUUAUAAUAUUACGGCUGAGGAUCUCCAACGGGUGAUGACCCGCCAACCUAAAGUCAACACGGCCCUUAUCUGCAUAGGCGAAGGAGCUGAAGCCGCAUGGAUCCCGCAGAAACUGCAGGGUCGUGGUUUCCGUGUCUCAAAUACAGCGGACAUACCUACUGUUCUACGGAGCAUUCUAUCCACGAUGGUUGAUCGUUGA